AUGGAUUCAACCACUAAUGAAGGUGCUUCUUCUUCUUCUUCUUCUUCUUUCACCAAUUCAUGGACCCACGAUGUGUUUCUCAGCUUUAGAGGUGAGGACACACGCUACAAUUUCACAGACCAUCUGCACAAAAAUUUGGUCCAGAGGGGCAUCAGAACCUUCAUAGAUGAUGAGCUCCCAAGAGGAGAAGAAAUAUCACAAGCACUUCUUGAUGCCAUUGAAGGGUCGAGGUGUUCCAUCAUCGUAUUCUCUGAAAACUAUGCAUCCUCGAAGUGGUGCUUGGAUGAACUUGUUCAUAUCAUUCAGUGUAGAAAAUCAAAGCAACAGAAGGUUUGGCCAGUUUUCUACAAAGUGGAUCCCUCAGAUGUAAAACAGAAACUUACUAACCAUGAUGAAAGUAAAUUCGAGGACAAUAUGAAGAAGGUGCUGAGAUGGAAGGAAACCCUUACAGAAGCUGCAAAUUUGUCUGGGUCGCAUUACUUGGAGGGCCGUGAAACUGAAUUUAUUCAGAACAUUGUCAACAAGAUUUCCUUACAAGUAUUAAAUGAUACCCAUAUCAAUGUGGCAAAAUACCAAGUCGGAAUAGAGGCUCGUGUACGAGAUCUUCAUAAAGUUUUAGAUGUUUACGGAAAUGAUGUUCGCAUGGUAGGAAUAUGGGGGACUGGUGGAAUAGGAAAGACAACUGUUGCUAAAGCUGUUUAUAACUCACUAGCCCAUGUGUUUGAAGGGAGUUGUUUUCUGGAAAAUGUAAGAGAAAGAUCAAUACCAUAUGGUGGCCUAGUCGACCUACAAAAUCUUCUUCUUGAUGAGAUUCUAUGGGGAAAGGAAACAAAGGUUACCAGUGCCGAUAAAGUAAUCAAUGUGAUAAAGGAAAGGUUGAGUCGUAAAAAGGUCCUUGUAAUUGUAGAUGAUGUGGAUCAUUUGGACCAGUUAAACAACUUAGUUGGAGGUUGCGAUUGGUUUGGUUUGGGCAGUAGAAUCAUCAUAACGACAAGAGAUAAGCAUUUGCUAACUUCUCAUCAAGUUAGUAUAAUAUACAAGGCCAAGAAAUUAAACUUUGGUGAAUCUCUUGAUCUCUUCAUUAGUUGGAAUGGUGGGAGAAAUAAAAAUUUGGAUGAUGAUUAUAUGAAAGCUGCAGAAAUUGUGGUGAAGCAUUGUCAAGGUCUUCCUUUAGCUCUCAAGGUUUUAGGUUCUCAUCUAUGUGGUAGAAGUAUAGAUGAGUGGCAUGAUGCAUUGGAUGGGAAUCUGCACUCGGACAUUAAAAAAACUCUCAAAAUAAGCUAUGAUGCAUUGGAAUAUUCGAAAGGUGUACGAUGUGAUACCAAUCCUGGAAGGUUGUGA